UAUGUAUAUGUAUAUAUAUAUAAUAAAAUAUAUGAAAAUUAUAAUAAAAAAUAAAAAAUAACUAUAUAUAUAAUGUUAUAACGCAUAAUCAUAAUGCAAAUUUAAUCGUCAGAUAAUAACCUACACAAGGUUUUUACUCUCUAUUCGUUCUAUUGAAUACAUUAUAUAUUUUUUAUUAAUAUCUUAUAAUAUCAAUCACUGAUAUCAAAUAAUCACGUUAUUGAAUCAAAGGUGGACAAAUAUUUAUAGGGUAUUUGUAUUCUCACACUUUUGCAUUUAAUUUCAAGUGAUUAGUGAUGGAGGGAAAACAAAAAUAUGAAGAACUUAAAUUAUCUGUACCAUGGGGACAUAUUGCUGCUAAAGCAUGGGGUCUAUCAACUGAUAAAAGAAUUCUAGCAGUACAUGGAAUUUCAGAUAAUGCUGGUACAUUUAACAGAAUUAUUAACUAUCUACCAGAAAAUUGUUAUAUUGUAUGUAUAGAUUUACCUGGACAUGGAUUUUCAUCACACUUUAGUUCAGGAAUACCACUUAAUUAUUUUAGUUAUGUGCUUUCUAUAUAUUAUGUAUUAAAUGUAUUACAAUGGGAUACUUGUAUUUAUAUGGGUCAUAGUUUUGGUGGUCACCUUGGUGUAAUGUUUUCUAUUCUCUAUCCCAAAAGAAUUGAAAAAUUAAUAUUAUUGGAUUCUUUAAUAUCACCUCCAAUAUUAAAUAAAGAUCUUGUCUUUCGCUUACGAGAAGUUUGUGAUAUCACUAUUAAAGCUAAUAUAGAUAAAACUCCUCGAUUAUAUACAGAAGAGGAAAUAUUAUACGCUUUAAGAUGUAGAAGAAUUUCAGCUUUAAAUUCAGAAGCUGCAAAAGCAUUGUUUGAGAGAGCUGUAACAAAAGUUAAUGAUCUAUAUAAAUAUAACCGUGAUAUUAGAUUAAAAACAUUUAUAGUACCUUUCUUUAAUGUAGAUCAAUUAUUAACAUGUCUUAAAGAAUUUUCAAUUCCCUGUAUACUUAUUUUAUCAAAUUCUGAAAUAGAUUCAUAUGCAAAUAUUAUAUCACAUAUGUUAGAACAAAUGGCAGGCAAUUGGAAUAAUACUGUUUUUGUUACUUAUGUAAAUGGGAAUCAUGAUGUCCAUAAUAAUUAUCCAGAAAGAGUAGCACCAUAUAUAUGUAAGUUCUUGGAUAGUAAUAUUAAAAGCAAGCUUUAACAGAUAAAUGUUAAGAACUGAAAUUGUACUUAUGGAAAGCUGAACGAUAUAUUUGAUACUUAAUGGUGAUAGGGCAUUGGAUAAAUGCAACUUUAUAUACAUUAUUUUUAAAAUAUUAUAUCAAAAAAUGAAUUUGGUAGGGUGCCUUAUGAAUAUUAUAUGUAUUAUAUAUAUAAUUAAUUGUUUCACAAACUUUUGUUUGAAAUCCUUUUACUUGUAAUUUAUAUUCACAUAACAAAUAUUUUAUUAUAUAUUGGUUUAUUUAUUAAAUUAUUAUAUAUAAAUAUU